AUGCAAGAUUCACAUAACUCCAUUCUUGAAGAAGAUACCAUUGAGGAAGCCAUAGAUGAGACAAGAAAGAAAUUCCCACCCAAGGUUGUUCUAAGCCCUUUGGCAUUUAGGCUUAUGUGUGUAGACUUUGAUAGGCUUCUCAAUGGGGAGAGUUCAGAAUACUUCCAAACCACGUACAAAUUUCUGGAGCUUUCACCACAUGCUUUAAUACCAAUACAUGGGAGAGUUAAUGUCUGGCCAAAACAGAUGCUGUGUGGAUAUCUAAAGAAUCGCAGGAGUAGAGAAGCUAAUAUCCUGAAAGCAAUUGAAGGUGGAGCAAAAACUUUGUUUGACAUUGUAGAAGAUGUGUAUUCUGAUGUUGAUCGUCGUGCCUGGAUUCCUGCAUCAGCAAAUGUGAGGCUCCAUGUGGAUCAUCUAGCUCAGCAGAACAAGUUACCAAAGGCCUUGUCGGCUCUAUUUGCUUAG